CAAGAUAUGUUCUUAUCUCCAUGUAUAUACCCUAACUUGAGAGAAAAUUAACUUAAUGGGGGAAAAUAUCAACCAAUAUUUUGCCAAAGACAGCAUAUAUCUUCUCGAGGAAGAUGAUGAUGAUGAUUACCUCUUGCCUCACAAUAACAAUGAUUCAGCAUUUAAAUUUGAACAAAGUAGUGAAAAAUGCAAUGCCCGAGGAAGUACAUCAUUUACAGCUGAGGAGAAAAUGAACAAAUAUUUCUCGGAAGACAGUAUAUUUCGGUCAGAAGACGAGGAUGAAGAAAGCAGACAGGUAAAAAAUCAAUGGAAACCUGGACCAUCUCGAGAGUCCAUUCCUCAGGAAGAUCCAAAAAAAAAUAUUUCACCCACAGUUGACGGAGAAUAUGUAUUUCCAGCAAAAACUCAAAAACGUAAACAAGAAACCUCAAGCAAUCUCAAAGCAAGAAUUGAAGUAGAAGAAUUUGAAGAAAGUAGUGAACAAAGCAAUGCCCGAGGAAGUACAUCAUUGACAGAUGAUGAGAAAAUGAAGAAAUAUUUCUCGGAAGACAGUAUAUUUCGGUCAGAAGACGAGGAUGAAGAAAGCAGACAGGUUAAAAAUCAGUGGAAACCUGGAUCAUCUCGGGAGUCCAUUCCUCAGGAAGAUCCAAAUAAAAAUAUUUCACCCACAGUUGACGGAGAAUAUGUAUUUCCAGCAAAAACUCAAAAACGUAAACAAGAAACCUCAAGCAAUCUCAAAGCAAGAAUUGAAGUAGAUGAUGAAGAUUACGUUCUGCCUCACAAUUACAAGGAUUUGGCAAUUAAGAUGGAAGAAAGAAGUAAAUUGAGCUAUACUAAAAAAAGGGCAUCGCCCAUAUUUAAUGGAAAAGAAGAGGUUAUACCAUCAAAAACUCCAGAAAGUAAAAAUGAAAAUUCCAGUUAUUUCAAUGAGAAUGGGGGUGUUGUCUCUAAAACACUACUUCCCACAAGAAAAAAUUGUGACAGGAAGUGUGUUCGUUAUUUUCGUUUUGUGAAAGAAAAGAUAAGUUCAAAAUAUGAGGAAAUUCGGUCAUCGGUUUGUAAUAGCCCGAAAAGCGAUAAUGAAGGCCCCCUUUUGUUGGUUUCCACUUUCUUUUUUUCGGAUAGAAUGGCGAAUGUCUCUUCCAUAACAAGUUAUGAAAAUGGUGAAUGUUGGGUGGCCGCUGACGGUGCUAAACGUGUUCGAUUGUACAAUAGAGACGGACAUUUGAUAGAAACUGUAAAUGUUGGGAGUCCUGUAGAUUCACUUACAAUAGACAAACAUGGAAAUGUCUACAUGUCUUGUCCAGAGAUUAAACAGGUUCUAGUUUUCAAUCGAAGCCGACACGUAAAAACAUUUAAGGAAAUGACUGAUUUUCCCCGUGGGAUCGCUUAUAUGAAGCUUAGCGAGUCAAUCCUGGUUUGCAGAAACAAAACGAAAAUUGCCUAUAACAUGUCAUCCAAACCAUCAAACCGAAUAGAAAAAUACAGUGUAAGCGGUACCAAGACCAAAUCCGGGGCUGUAACGAAAACUUUGUUUGGUUAUCCUCUUCGAGUGUGUGUGAAUGUAAAUAACGACUGUGUUGUCUCUGACUUUGCCAAUAGUUCAAUAACUGCCAUCGACUCCUCUGGAAGAACGAGAUUUUCCUUCAAAUCGUCAACAGAUUUCACCAUCAGCUAUAGACAUUCUGUUUGCUGUGAUAGAGACGGUUAUAUCUACAUUUUUUCGAAAGGUACACCAAACGUCUGUAUUUUGGAUUCCAACGGCAAUGUGAAAAAUACGUUUACUUGUCUAGAUCUGAGCGACGAUACUUGCUUUGCAGCGGUGUUUGAUACUGAUGGAUAUCUAUGGCUCGGGAGCUCGAAAAAUACAAUUAAAAUCUUCAAACUGAGCAACCAAACCAAUGUUGUUUAUUAAAACACAAUUGUCUCUUUAGAUUGUUUAACACUAUGCCUGUUUUAACAUUAUACUCAUUUUAAACGAGCACUGUAACGAGUUACACGAAUGUUUUUUAAAUUUUAUUUUUUCCUUUUUCGUGAUACGUGUAACAAAGCCGUUUAAGGGUAUUUCCAACGGUCAACUACUAAUUUACCGUCAAUCAUAUUGAGUUUUAACUAAGAUACAGAGCUGAUAUUUCUCAGUAACGUUUACAGAUUUCGUCAUGUUUUUUAAUUUAUAUGUUGAGUGAUGAAUAGAAGAUAUCAUGUUUAAAUCAAAAUUCAGCGUGAUAAACACUAGUACAUGUAACUGCAUGCGUUUUUGUGUUUAUUACAAACAAAACAAUUUUAAAAAAUUUACUCGAAAAAAACAUUUAACCAGUUUAUAGAACGCGCCUUGUUUUCAUAACAAAGAAUUGUAAGCAUUGUAUCUUGCUUAUUGUAUAAUACAUGUAAAUGACAAUAUAAAUUUGACUAAUUAUUAAAGAUAUCAAUAAAGUGGUCAGCACUAGGGAAACAUUGUCAUUGUCAAAUAUUGCAAAUAUAUUUAUGAAUACAUAAACAUUGUUAUUUAACAAUAUAAGUGACUAUUCUAUAUCAAUUUGGUAAUAUGCUCAACUUAUAUGGAAGCAAUAUGGCGUAUAAAGGUAACAUAAAUUGAUCUAGAAAUUUCAACUGAAAAUUGAUCAGGAGUUCAUUUCAACAUUUACUAAAAAUAGUACAUGAUUCAUUAUACGAUCGGUAAUGAAUAAUAUCUAGAAAUGUCACUACCUGUGACCUGUGAAAAUGAUGAUGCAAUGCAAAAUGGUUAAAAUGAUCUAUAAAUCACUAAAAUUGGAUCAGUUAGGAGUUCAUUUUAACAUUUACUAGAAAUAGUGCAUAUUGCAU